AUGGCCAGCUGGGCGACCGACGAUGAAUUUGCCGCUGGUCUCGGCUCCAGCCCUGUGACCAUGCCUCAGGGGCCCUCUUUCAGAACACCGCCCGCCAAUUCGACCAAGUCGGCUCGGCGCUCCGUCACCCCGCCGGGACCAGCCUCCUCGCCGAUACGCAUGGCCGACGAACAAGGCGACAGGUCGCCCUCGAGGGGCUCGACCAACGACGAGAGCAUCAGCAUCUUGGAUCCCCGCAGGUUCACGCCAACGCUGCAUGCCAACCUCGUCUCCGAGAUCCUGGCUCUGCGCCGAGACCAGGAAGAGAAGACGAAGCAGAUUGAGGACUUGGAAUCCACCCUCGAUGCCGCCAAAGGGGACCAGGAGCGGCUGCAGGGCAGCCUGACGGAGGCCACCAAGGAGAGCCGUUCCCUCAAGCGUCAGCUCUCCUUGCUCGAAGGUGGGACAUCGUCGGCCCUGGGCGAGCUCCAGCGCGAGCGAGAUGAAGCCGUCGACUCUCUCACCGAGACCAAGAAGCGCCUGGAAGUCGCGCAAAAGAAGAUACGAAGCCACGAGGAUGACUCUCAGAGGGUCCACGACCAGUGGGCCCAGGAUAAGAUGGGCUGGGAGGAUGAACGGCGCAAGUUCCAACGCCAAAUGCACGUCGCCGAGAGCCGCCUCAAAGUGGUGCUCGACGAAGUGGCCUGCUACCAGGGCGCCCACGCUACUCACGGGCCGGGCCGCGUCCAUGACAGCGACGGAGAAGAGAGUUCCAAGGACAACGAUGCACGGAGUGUCAGGACAAUGAGCAUCACCAACAGCAUUCGGCAGUCAUUUCAUAGCCCUGGCCCGGGCCUGCACAAUGGCCAUUCCUUGGCCGACGAACUCAGCUUUGUCGACGACCAGACCGACGCCGACGGUCGAGAGAGCGUCCUCUCCAACUACACGAUUCCCAAAUCCCCCAGAAUCCACCGCCGGAACCAGAGCCUCGAGAGCCUGAGGCGGGCCGGCAGCGUGGCGCGCGCGCGGCUGUUCAUGAACCAGCAGCCGCCCGUCUUGGAGGCUUUGGGAGGCAAGGAGGAGGACGACGCCUGGCCGGCCACUCCCAGGGCCGCGUACACGGACACCGGGAUCCAAUACUCCCCACCGCCUUCUCCCGUCGUACGCCCCGUCAAGCCGGCGACACCCGACCUCGCCAACAGGGGCAGGACGCCUGACCUCGAAAGCCCGCGCGGCGACAUGGAGAUUGAGGCAAACCAGAGGCGGAAACGCGUGUCGGUGAACCGGCCGCUCAGGAUCGAGCCCCCGAAGCCGGACCACAAGAUGGUUUCCGCUGCCGCCCAGACAAUGGAGGAACCGUUGAGCCCGCCCAAGACGCCCAAGACGCCCUGGCGUGACUUCACGCCCCCUUCCGAGCUCCAGCUCGCCCUCAUGAUGAGCUCAUCGACGCAGACUGAGGAACCAUCCCGGCCACCCCGCACACACUCCGGCCUCGGCCUGACUCCCCCUUCACCACCGCCGCAGAUUCCGACCAUCAGCGUCCAACCUCCGCGCAGCCGGCCGACCACGCCGCGCGAGCCCCGAUUGCCCCAGCACUGCAAAGACUUUGGCUGCCAAGUGAACCUGUCACCGACUCCAACGAGCGAUGCCGUUGUACAGACCGAAGGCAUCCAGAUCGACAAGAGGCUGGCGCGUCUACCGCUACACUUGCAACCAUCCGCCAUCUCCUCGCGGCCCACGUCUCCGAAUGUGCACCCGAUUCCGGGGGGUCUGCCUGCCCGAAACCCUAGGCGCCUCACGCAGGGCGGAGACGCCCCGGAGACGCCGCCAUCCCCGAUCAACUCUCACGUCGAAGAGGACGAUUUCUACGAGCCAUAUCCCGGCCAUGACGACGACGGCCCGCCGCCCAGCUCAAGAGGAGCAUCGACUCGGCGGUCCCGCCGGCUCAGUAGCCUCUUUGCGGGCUUCGACACGGCGAGCUCGGACGGCAUGGACGAAUUCGGCGACGGAGACGUGAGCGAUUCCGAGUUCCGCACGGCCUUGUCCGCGCCCAAGCCACAGUCCAAGUCGAGCCGGCCGACGAGGCGAGAGUCCUUUGGACUCAUGGCCCACCAUCCCGAGGAGCCUUCGACUUCCGAGCAGCCGGCCAGCAGCGAGCUCUACAGCACCUUCUGCCUUGUUGACAAGGAAAAUCGAUUCGGCAGGCAUUCCCGGAGGCUGAGCAGAACCUAUGAAAAGUCCCCCCCCCCGCCGCCGCCAGUCUCCUCGAGCCGCGACGGUGCCAUGCGCAGGACUGCCCUGAUCCAGAGCGGGAUUGCCAGCCACCGGAACCGUUCGAGGAGCCCGAGCCUGCCCGACUCGGGCAACCCACCAUUCCCCAUACCGACGCGCGCCAGCUCGCGAAAGCCGACCGUCCGAACGAGGACGCCAAGCGAUGGCCAGAGCAGCCCGACCCGAGGCGAUGCCUGGCAGCGGAGGGGCAGUGGCCGGUCGUCGCAUCAAACCCACAAUCUCCGCAAGGUCCGUUCUGCCGCCGCCUUGCCACGCAAUAGCCGUCAUCGCAGACGUGGCAGCCGGUCCCCUCCACCUCUUUCUCCGUCUGCGGAGACUCCGGAGAGCACUCGGCUGCCCCCCCUGCCCAAGAAUGACAUUACGACGCCGCGCAACCGCGACAUUGGGAGUAGUGGCCAGUACAGAAGACAUCGGCAUGAGCUGUCGACCAACACGGACCAUACCAACAACACUGACCACACUUCUCGGACUAGCGGCGCCCAGACCACUGGCAUCGUGGAUGCCAUUGCGCACACAAUGGUUGGCGAGUGGAUGCUCAAGUACGUUCGCAGACGGCGGUCGUUUGGAGUGCCCGAGAACACGGGCAGGGAUGACUCGAGCAACGAUCGCCACAAGCGCUGGGUGUGGUUGGCUCCGUACGAAAGGGCCAUCCUGUGGAGCAGCAAGCAGCCCUCGUCCGGCAGCGCCCUGAUGGGCAAGACGGGCAGGAAACUGACGAUUCAGUCGGUCCUGGAUGUCAAGGACGACAACCCUCCCCCCAAGGUCAUGCCGUCGGUGUUCAACCGCUCCAUUCUGAUCCUGACGCCGCAGCGGGCACUCAAGUUCACGGCGGUCACGGCAGAGCGGCACUACCUCUGGCUGACGGCGCUGUCGUUUCUGGCCCACUCAUCGCAGGCGGUGCCCGACAUCUUUGCCACUCCGCAGCUCAAGGCCAAGCAGCAGCAGCCGCUGCCAGAGUUUGAGCUGCCAAGGACGAGGUUUCGACGGGGCGGUAUCCGCGACUCGAUACGCCUGGCCAAGGGCAAGACGGGUAACCCAAAGUCGGGCCCCCCCAGCAUCCCCAGUGCACCGUCGUCCAAGAUGGGCGACGUGGCGAGCUUCCCCCCCAACGACCCCUGCCACAGCAGGGAACAGUCGCAAGAGGCGGCCGAGGCGCCCUUCAUCCCCCGCUUCAGCGAGCGAGCUAGCCAGGCCGGGUUGCAUGGCCGGAAGCGAAGCAACACGGGGGGGCACGUGGCUCCGCCUCUGUCGUUCCGCGGCUUCUCGGCCAAUGCCAGCAUCGGCACAGCCAACUCGUCUGACAUUUACCAAUCACAAGCCUCGACCAACACGACGUGGAACAUGGGCCCGACAUCGUCGCAGCCCACGUCGGAGGCGUCGUCUCGGCCCAAGAACUUUUUCGACGCGAUAGGAACGGUGCGAAUGGAGGCCUUUAUCAGCCCUCUGUCGUUUACGCAAUUCGGCGAACAUCCAGACGAGCAGGACGAGUACCGGCAGACAGCCAGGAGGCGGAGCAAGGAGCUGCGCAGGAGGAACAGCCGCAACAGGGCGCGCGACCAUCCUGGCUCCAGGGGGCGGGAAGACUUUUUCGGCCGAGGAAGAACCUUGGAGGAAGACUUUUUCAGAGAUGACCCGUUUAAGGGAUUCUGA